AUGACAACAAAAGCAGUUGAUGUAAUGGCAGUAGUUGCAGAUUUCUUUGAAGAGUUGGGACUGGAUUGGAACAAUCUGGAAGGUGUUUGCACAGAUGGUGGCCCUAAUAUGCUUGGUUCACGAUCAAGAUUCAUUACUCUUGUGAAGCAGAAGCAGCCUGAUUUAAAAGGAACGCACUGCAUGAUCCAUAGAGAAGCUUUCGCCUCAAAGACAGUUCCAAAGAACCUUCAUGAUGAUUUGACUGUCAUUAUAAACAUUGUUAACUAUGUGAAAGGAUCAGCCUUGAACACUCGUCUCUUUCGCGAACUCUGUCGGGAUAUGGAUGCUAACCACACUGCCCUUUUAUUUCACACACAAGGACAAAGGAGCAACGUGAUUGUGUACACGGACACUAUCAAUGUUUUCAUGGCUAAACUACAACUUUGGGGAAAACAAAUGAAAAAAGGAAGUACAACAUUCUUUCAGCGUUUGAAUGACAUACUUGGUGGGAAAGACAUCAAGGACCCAUUGAAAGAGGAAAUCAUCACUCACCUUGAUCAUUUGGGUGACGAGUUCAAGCGGUAUUUGCCUGGUAUCAACACUGAAGACAUUUCAAUGAGGCUGGCAAGGAACCCAUUUAUAUGUCAGGUGGAUGAUGUCCCUGAGGACAUACAAAAUGAGUUCUUGGAGCUCAAAUAUGACUCCUCUGCCAAGGAUGAGUUUCGUGCACAAGAUCAUGAAGAAUUCUGGGUUAAUAUGCGUGGAGCAUACCCACAACUGAGCAACAACGCAUUGAAACCCCUCAUUCUGUUUUCCACAACCUAUCUUUGCACGAUGGCUGAAAUUUGGCAUCUGGGGACGAAAAACACUAUCGGGGCAUCAAUCGUGCGUGAUCGGGGUGUUUCGGGGGUCAUCGGGCAACAUACGGUGCAUGUGGGCGUUGCGGGGGAUGUCCGGGCAUCGGGGCAAAAAUUUUGA